ACGGGACACAUACAACCGGAAGUGUGACGUCAUUAGACCUACUAUCAACAUUAAAGUGCGUCGAGUCGCGAUUUAGAGCGACUCAUUUAAUUUCAUCAUGCCUGAACGCGAAUCGGAGGUGUACUCCAAUCCUCUGGCUCCUGAUGGCCAUGAGGUGGAAGAUCAUCGAUCAGCGCUGCAAUCCAAGCUGACCAAUGAUGACUUCAGGAAGCUUCUGAUGACCCCGAGAUCGACCCCGUCCUCCGCUCCGCCCUCCAAAACACGACAACAUGAGAUGCCACGGGAAUAUAACGAGGACGAGGAUCCUGCGGCUCGCAGACGUAAGAAGAAAAGUUACUACGCUAAACUGCGGCAGCAGGAGAUGGAGCGAGAGCGCGAGCUGGCGGAGAAGUACCGUGACCGAGCUCGAGAACGACGUGAUGGUGUUAAUAAAGACUACGAGGAGACUGAGCUCAUCAGCACCACCGCUAACUAUCGAGCCGUGGGACCCACCGCAGAGGCGGACAAAUCAGCCGCAGAGAAGAGGCGUCAGCUGAUCCAGGAGUCCAAGUUCUUGGGUGGUGAUAUGGAGCACACUCACUUGGUGAAGGGUUUGGAUUUCGCCCUGUUACAGAAGGUCCGAGCUGAGAUCACUAGCAAGGAGCGGGAAGAGGAGGACAUGAUUGAGAAAGUGCAGAAGGAAGUCAAGAGAGAUGAAGAUCCAGAGCAGAAGAUCGAGUUCAAGACCCGCCUCGGACGAAACGUCUACCGUAUCCUGUUCAAGGGUCGUCAGUUGGAGCGUAACGAGCUGUUCCUGCCGGGCCGGAUGGCGUAUGUGGUGGACCUGGAAGACGAGUACGCAGACACGGACAUCCCAACCACACUCAUCCGCAGCAAAGCCGACUGCCCCACCAUGGAGGCUCAGACGACGCUCACCACCAAUGACAUCGUCAUCAGCAAACUCACACAGAUCCUGUCGUACCUGAGGCAAGGCACACGCAACAAGAAAAUCAAGAAGAAGGACAAAGGGCGUCUGGAUGAGAAGAAAGCUCCAGAGGCUGACUUAAGCAUCUUUGAUGACAUCGGUGACUACAUCCCCUCCACCUCCAAGAGCAUUAGAGACAAAGAGAAAGAGCGCUACCGCGAGAGAGAGAGGGAGAGGGAGAAAGACCGAGAGCGGGAGAGGGAGAGAGAGCGAGAGAGAGAGAGAGAGCGAGAGAGGGAUCGGGACGAGGAGAAAAGACGACACAGUUACUUUGAGAAGCCUCGAGCUGAUGAGGAGCCCAUAGACAUCGAUAAAGGUCCAAGCUCUGUGAAGGACCAGCUCAAGUUAAUCAAUGAGAAGUUUGCUGGAGUCGGUCCGGAAGCUGGAAGCAGACGUGAGGAGAAGAAGCAUCUGGGAGAUUUCUUUGGGAUGUCCAACAGUUACGCCGAAUGUUACCCUGCCACGAUGGAUGAUCUGGCUGUGGACAGCGAUGAAGAAGUGGACUACAGCAAGAUGGACCAGGGUAAUAAGAAGGGUCCAUUGGGCCGCUGGGACUUCGACACUCAAGAGGAGUACAGCGACUACAUGAACAACAAGGAGGCGCUGCCAAAGGCUGCCUUCCAGUACGGCAUCAAAAUGUCCGAGGGCCGUAAGACUCGUCGCUUUAAAGAAACCAACGAGAAGGCCGAGUUAGACCGACAGUGGAAGAAAAUCAGCGCUAUCAUUGAGAAGAGAAAAAAGAUGGAGGCCGAUGGGGUGGACGUAAAGCGGCCCAAAUAUUAAAGCGUCAGGAGUGAAGAGAUCUCUCCAGCUCGAUGGAGAUGAUGCACACGUGCAACAGGAAAUGAAUUAUUGUCUGUUUGUGUUUUUGUUUAUUUUCACACAACCCAAUACAGUGGUAGAGGAAGGAUGUUGUCGUAUUUCUAAGUUUUUCUAAUCAUCCUGUGUUUUGUCAGUUUUAAGGAAGAGUGUAAGAAGUAGAUGCAGUGUUGAUUGUGAUGCUUCUAGAAACUAAAUGCUUAUCAAUCUCACAUCUUGAAUGUUUACCGUUUUAUUCCCAGCAUUCACGUGGACAAAGCUUCUUGUAUAUGUAAGAGUUCAGCUCUGCCCUUCUGGAAACACACACACACAUUGUGACUGUAUAAAUGCUUUUUUAGUGCAUUUAUUCACGUAUACAAAUGUAUUGUCUAAUUCUCCUCUACAAUAAAGCAGAAUCCACUCUGUG